AUGCCCUCUCCAGCGCCUAACCGUCCAUCGGCGGCCGCCAUGUCGCCCUUCGGCCGCAACAGCCAGAACGCAGCUCUGCUUGCGAAAGCCAACAAGUCAGCCACCCCACCGCCCUCCUCCCCCUCCUCGAGCUCCCACAAGCAGCCGCCGUCUACGCCGAAAGGCUCAAAGAGCUCAAACUUGGGCAACGGUAGCGGCAAUGGCUCUGGAAAUCGCAGCAUCUCACUAUCAUCCCGCUCCUCACCGGCCCCUUCGAAUCGACAGAUGUCGCCUGCCACACCCGGUCCUUCGUCGUCCAUGUACGACGCCACGGGACUACUCAGUAGGGACUUUGAGACGACGUAUCAUCGACAGUGCCGCACGUUGUUGCUGGCGUUUGUGGCGGCGGCGAGGAUGUGGGAGGAGAUGGCGACGUUCGACGGGCUGAAGUGGGCAAAGGAGGCCGUGGACGGAUGGGAGGAUGUGCAUGCUGCGAACAAGCUGGGGCAGCGCGAGGCUGGGACGACGAGGCAGGCGAGAGGGCCGGCAUCGGCGACCGCAUCGAGGGCACAGGACAAGAGAAGAGCUCUGGAGCUGGACCCGAGGCAGGCACACGAUCCAAUAUUGGGGCCAGGAGGGUUGAGAGAGUCGAGGCUGGCGGAUGCGGUAAGCCGGAUAGAGGCGGCUCAUGAUGGAUUGACGACGGUCAUGGAACGUUUAAACAAGGCGUUGACCAAGUUGACAACGGCCAGCGACUCGUUGCGAUCACUGCUGGAAGAAGCAGCGCAGCGCAAGGGACUCGAGUUCGUAUUUCAAGAUCCGAUGUGGGCGACUUGGCCGCUGGAACGAUUCGUCGAGCGAACGUCCGAACUCGCAUCGCAGUACCGCAUAUCGACGCAGCACCUUCAGCUGCUCGUUCCCACACUCAUUCGAUCUGGCGAGCCUCCUGCCUCCUCAUCAUCUCGGCCCAGCGACGAAGCAACACAGCGACGGAGCAAGCAGCGACGAUCCGCGUACGAAUCCUGGAUCACUCUCCCGUAUCUCGAGACACGAGGUUCUCAAAGCCUGCUCGGCUUCGAAGCGAUAUGCGAGGUCGAGGUGGGUCGUUGGAAGGAGUGA